AGACCCCUUAUAGAUUUAAAAAGAGAGGCUGCAUUCUCAGACUGACACUUAUUCAACACUGCCACCUUAAGCAGAUUACUUUUGCGCUCGCCUGUGUCAAAUACGUGCUUCACUUUGCCUACAUCCAUCAUGUUUGGGAUGCUCCGGCACCACCUUCACCCGGGUGUUCUUUUCUUCUUCUUCUUAUGGCUGUGCCAUCUCAUGGAAGAUCAAAAAGUUCAAGCUGGAAACUGCUGGCUGCAGCAAGGGAAGAACGGGAGGUGCCAGGUGCUCUACAUGCCCGGGAUGACCCGAGAGGAGUGUUGCCGGAGCGGGAGACUGGGGACGUCCUGGACCGAGGAGGACGUCCCCAACAGCACGCUCUUUAGGUGGAUGAUCUUCAAUGGCGGAGCUCCUAAUUGCAUACCGUGCAAAGGUGGAGAAAGCUGCGAAAAUGUUGACUGCGGACCAGGAAAGAGGUGCAAGAUGAACAGGAAAGGUAAGCCGCGGUGCGUCUGCGCUCCAGACUGCUCCAACAUCACCUGGAAAGGACCGGUGUGCGGCACAGACGGCAAGACCUACAAAGACGAAUGCGCGCUCCUGAAGGCUAAAUGCAAAGGCCACCCCGACCUGGACGUGCAGUACCAAGGAAAAUGCAAGAAAACCUGCCUUGGCGUCCUGUGCCCGGGAACCACCACCUGUGUCGUGGACCAGACAAACAACGCUUACUGCGUAACGUGUAACCGGAUUUGCCCCGACGUGGCGUCGUCUCAGCACUACCUGUGUGGGAACGACGGGAUCACCUACGCCAGCGCCUGUCACCUGAGAAAGGCCACCUGUCUCCUGGGCAGGUCGAUCGGAGUGGCGUAUGACGGAAAAUGCAUCAAGGCCAAGUCGUGUGAGGACAUCCAGUGCAGUGCCGGGAAGAAGUGUCUGUGGGACGCUCGGAUGAGCCGGGGUCGCUGCUCACUCUGCAACGACUCGUGUCCGGAGAGCAGGACGGACGAGGUGGUGUGUGCCAGCGACAACACCACGUAUCCCAGCGAAUGUGCCAUGAAGCAGGCCGCUUGUUCUAUGGGGGUGUUGCUGGAAGUCAAGCACACAGGAUCUUGCAACUGUAAGUAAGAAAAGAAAGUGAAAUAUGAAACAAAAGAAAUAAAACUCCUCUCUCCACCCCAUCCAAACAAGAGACAGUAUUCCUGGUUGCUUUUCCAAAAUAAAAAAAAAAUACCCUUUCCUGAAAGUGUCCCUUCAUCCCAACUCUUCCUGCAUUUCCCUCACCAGCGACAUCACUCCAGCUUUAGGAAGCAGAAAAGGACUUGGAAAUGGAAGAACUCACAUGACUUUUGUCUGUGUCGCUGCAGCUUCUGUUCUUGAUUUCUCUAUUGCUUGAUGUGUUCAAGAUGGCGGCGCAGAAACCUGCAGCAGCUAGAUGCGCCCGGCUUUUUAUGAUUUCUUUUUCUCUCACGUUUUUUUUUCUUUCUCCAUAAAACAAGCUAACAGAAAAGUGCGUUAAAGAUUUAAUCAUAUGUCAGUCGUUGCUGAAAGCCUGGGAGGAAAGCUAAUCUUAUUAAAUAAGCUCAAAUACAAGAAGCACCCUACUUUGCUGGCUGUGGUGCAACCCCAGAGCUGACCCAAGGCAUAAGGGAACUAAGUUGCUGCUUAGGACCCACAGGCCAGCAGGAGAUCCCCAAGAGAGUUUGAAUUUACUUCAAAAGUUGGAACUUUGGACCUGGCAAUGACAAAAGACCCAACUUAACUAUGUUAUGGUUGCAAGUCAGAACAACCAGAGGAAUUUGCCUGUGUUCAGUUACCAGGCUAAUAACUAUUAGCAAUAUGGAAGGAAGGGCUUACAUUUCCCCAGAGUUUGCGAUUUCAAAAUGCUGCAACUCUCUUCAUUUUUAACCUAAAUACGCAAUCCCGAUUUCAUUUCAAAGGCCUUUACAAACUCUUUCAAAUGCAUGCCUUCGUUUUGACUUACAGUAUAUUGUAUAAAUAUACCUCAUAUUUGAGGUGAUAUGGCAGCUGGUGGGUGGUGGUCUGAGCUGUGAGUGGUCUCCCAAAUCAUAUUCUGCUUAGGAGCUCUAAAAUCUUGGACCGGCUCUGGAAAAUCCUGAAACCUAGAGCUAGUUAGAGUCAUAGUAAUGCUAGCUGCCUCCUGGAGCAGGAAGCCUUAAGUCUCAUGCAGUAACUCAUGACAGAGAUCACGUUAUCACAGUUUGUAAAUUCCACGCUCACAUUGCUUGAUUCCUAGAAACUUUUGUCUUUUUCAUAUUUUUCUUUCUGUUGCUUUUGGCUGUAAUUAAUCAUACACUAUAUAAAUAUUAGCUCAGAACAAGCCUAAGGUGAUUGUAACAUUGGCGCCAUGUUGGUGUUGCAGAACAAAGAACCUCACUGAAGACCAUCUGGACGCUCAGAAAUCUGAAAUAUCUAACGUACAUUCCAGUUUUUGAAUUUUUGGGAAUGUCUUUUUCUCCUUAGUUUCUUUCACCUGAGAAAAAAAAAAAAACAUCUUGAGUUGUCUUUAAAGUAUGCAACGGACUGGUGACCAGCGUUACGAUCACCCCAUGAGCUAAUUAGAAAUGUGAUUUGUUACUGUGAGCAGGAUAAGCUCUGUUUUAUUUUUUAGCUGGCUUUUACUGUCUGCACUGUUGUAACUGAAGAAAAUGUACUAGGUAUUUCAAAUCCACUUUAAAAUAAUGAGGGACCCUUCUUUAUUUGUAUUGUCGUUCUUGCGCUUGCUUGCGUGAUUUAAAAAAAAUAUGUAAAUCUGUGUAAAAAAAAAAAACAAGAAAAGAAAAGAAAAGAAAAAAAAGAAAGAAAAUACCUCAGAACUAUGUUGAUUACGUCUAAUCAGCCCUGGACGUUUGCGCCAUGAUCUGGCAUCAUCACCAGAAAAAAAAAAAAGCAGAUAAAAUUUGAGAGCGGAAGAGCACAUUUUUUUGUGUUAUGUGUGUUUGCUUUUCAGGAUUCUGCAAAAAAAAAACAGAACCCAGCUACUGGAACCAUCAGCCCCAGUGUCCUUAUGUCUGUAACACCCGCCUUGUGACCACCCCACUUCCAACCUCCCAUCCAAACCUUCACUUUUUCCCCUCAUCCCAGCUUUUUUUCCCCUAUAUACUGUGGCGCUGACGUGCUUGAUUAUAUAAAUGGACAUUGUAUAUUUGGUGAUUCUUGCAGCCAAGUCACACAGACACUUUCUCACAAAAGUGAUCAUUUAAA